AUGAACACAAAAUCUACUUCCCUCUAUUUGAGUAGUAAAUAAAUGAGUCAAAAGAGAAUAAGGUCACCCCUCAAGAAGCAGUCCAUGAUUUUCAAGUAAAAUUCAGAUGAGGAAGAUAAUCAAUCAGAAGAUGAAAAAAUGGAAGUUAUUAAUCUUAAUUACUUUAAAGCCAAAAAACAUCAAAAGAAAUUUAAUUUGCAAUAGAUGCUCCAAUAAGGCAAAUUGGCUGAAGAUGAAGUAGAUCACAAUCCCCAUUUCCCAAGUCCAACGAUCAAUACAAAAUUAAUACAUAAUAUAUUCUAAAUUUAUCACUCAGACAAAAGUGAAACCUUAACUGAAGACAAAAUACAUGGAACUGCUGAAAAGAUAUCUAAAUAGACUAAUCAAAAAUUGGUAAAUCAAAUCCUAUUCAAUAAAAUGAGAUAGAAAAGAAUAGUAUCACAACAUGAAAUAAAUAACUCAACCACCAAUGUAUUACAAAGCUUUAAAAACCUAUCUUCGAUAUUCAAGAGUGUCAACUAGAUUGUAGACUAUCAUGCUGUAGCCAAUCAAAUCAGACAAUCAUAAGCACAAAUUACAAUAAACAAAGAAGAACAUAAAAAUUUGGAAAGACAAUAAUUUAAUUUCAACUACAUCAUCGAGGGUAGAUUGAACUAAAUUAAGUUGCUCAGUUAAGAAAUUUAUCAAUAUCAAAUGAGUUUGUAAAAAUUAAGAAUGGAAAAUUGCAAAUUAAGAGAUCAUGUCACCAAAUUAGGCGAUGAAAUUGAUUAAAUCAAAUCCAAAUAUACUAAAUAAAGACAAUUAGCACUCCAUUAAGAAGAUAAACUACAUCCAAAUAAAAAAUGGGAUAGGCAAUAAUACUUUUAGGUUAUUGAUUCGAAUGAAUAGAUGGAAUUAGCUAGAAUCAAAACAUUUUACAUGGAAUAUUAACAACAAUUGUAAUUCAAUCAAACCUAAUUGAAAAAAGAAGAGGAAAUGCUAUAAGAUAUUAAAUAUACUAAGAAAUAAAUCAAAUAAGAUUUAGCAGAGUUCUUAAAAUAAGUAUUGCAGAGUGAAGAAAUUUAGUAACUUAUAUACUUAUAAUACAUAGAAUAUCAGGAUCUAUCAUAAUCAUACGUGACAUAAGCUGAUUUCCCAUGCUAUCUCGAUAAUCAAUCAAGAACAUUCCUUAUAUCUAAGGCUAAAUUAGAAAUUAAUAAUGAUUAUUUGAAGUUGCAAAUGAAAGAAAAUCAAGUCAAACAAUAACAACAACAGGGAAAUAGAGUUAAUUAUGAGAAGAAACUGUUUUAAGUUAUGAACACUAUCUAAAACAUGAGGAAAUAAAAGUACACCUUGAAAUCAUUCGAAUUAUAAUAGAGUGACUCUAAAUAAGACAAUCUAAGUUAAAAACUGUCCAAUUAGUCACUCUAAAUUAAUAAUUUGGAUAAUCAAAUUAUUGAAUUGGAGGAAUAAGAAAUCUAAAGACUUUAGAUACUUUAUUAAGGAAAACAAUUGCCUAAUAGCUCUUUGUAAAAACUAAUUAAAACAGUAUAAGCUGAAUUCGGCUAUAAAUAAAUGAAUCAGAAGUUAAGCAUAAUAAUUCAGAAUUAUGACAACAUUAAGAGUUAAGUCAAUAAAACCAUAAAGUGA